GCUAAAACUUUAAAAAUAUUAGAAGAUAUUUCAACAUAUUAUGAACAUCCUCUUAAAAAAAUUGUAAUUUCACAAUGUGGAGAAUAUAGCUUUAAUAAUGAACUUAAGUUGGAGACAGAAUCAAGGAUCUUCCUUGUCUGUAUAAUUGAAACCAGUUAUAUUUAUAAAUAUAUUUACAUUGUAUUGUACACCAAUUUGCUAUUGCCCUUAUUUCAGAAACAUCAACCACCAGCAAGUAUAGAAGGAGAAGAUGUAAAAAUCACUGAUACUGCAUUUGAUUUUUACUCUAUUACACCAUGGCUUGAUAAUAUUGUGGAUAGUAUAGAUAUUCGCGAUACUGAAUCGCUUUUGUUGGCUGAACGGUAUUUAAAUGGUCUCUACUGUCUUUCAAGUGACUAUGAACCAGGAAUGGAUAUGCGUUUUUAUGAAAAAAUUCAUCUAAUUGGUAUGGCAGAAUAUAAUACGAUAACUGCUAAGCUUCACGAUUUAUUGUUGAAUUUUCAACCAGAUAUAAUGGCUCAACAAGAAAAGAUGAGAUUUAUCUCAGAAGUUUCUAAAAUUAUUUUAGCAUACAUUUUUCAUCAUGAGCAUAAUGAAUUUUGCCUACAACAUAUUUCAUUUAAUACUCAUGCAACAAUACAUAAAAUAUUAGAAAUUGCACAUGAAAUAGUAUUAAAAACUAUUAAAAAGACUGCAAAGAAAUCUAUAAUUUCUCGGGAAUGUGGAACUGCGAAAAUUGCAAAGAUAUUUGAACUAAAACAUGUCAAUAAUAUAUUAGUCUCAGAAGGUUGUAUGUCACUAAUAGAAGAAAUAUUAAAUAAAGCUAUAUUAUGUUUAUUAAAAACUUUUGAAAUGCAAGAAUAAUAAAA